AUGAAUGUAUAUAUUCCAAAUAAAGAUAUUAAUUUAAGUUUUUCAAAAAAAGCAUCAAUCACAAAACUUGGUUCAUCAGUUCAAUCAAAUCAAACAUUCAAGAAUGAAUUAAUGGUAUCUGGAAUCAAUGGAAACAUUUCAAUCGGUCAAUCAUCUAAUUCAACUGAAUCUCUAAUCAAUUUGAACAUUCUUGCCAAUGUCUUGGGUAUCUUGGGUAUUAAAGUUUGUGCUUCUGUAUUAUAA